AUUUUAAACUUUACUCCGUUACACUGUAAAUCAUUACGUCUGUUUACAUGGAGGUGCUGGCUAGUCCAAACCCUAGAGCCGUGAGAGCUGUGUGCCCAUGGUAGAGCUGAAGUGCGUGCGUCUGCGAGACUUCUCGACUCGACUUCUCCUAGAGUGAGAGGAUUCCAUGACCAUCUGCUGCUGCUGUCAGUCUCAGCCAGCGGAACAGCUAGUCUGAAAAAUACGUCGAUGCGGAUAGGAUAAGAUAAUUAUUAUAUACAGACAAAAAGGGUAAAAAAAGAGACAGAGCUGUCGUCCAGUAGUAUAUCACUUCGCUGUGCAGCUUCCCGUGUCUCUCGUCCCAACUCCGCCGGUCCGCCCGCCCCUUCACCCGCAGGCCACACACAUCCCCCUUCUCCUCCCCCCCGCCCGCGCAGCGCAAGGGAAAGGAAAAAGGGAUCGACGACUUUGCCGGACGCGGCGGCGCAUCCCCCAUCCCGUCCGACCCCCCAUCGCCGCGUCGCACCGCAUGGCUGAGGACGACGCGGCGGCAGCGGCGGGCUCCCCCAUCCUGGACCUGCCAGAGCCGCUGCUGCUCCACAUCCUGGGCUUCCUCACCGACGCGCGGUCGCGGCACCGCGCCGCGCUGGCGUGCCGCCGGCUCCUCGCGGCGGAGCGGGCCACACGGGCCGCGCUGUCGCUGCGCGGGGACCCACGGUCGCCCGCGUUCCUCUUCCUCAGGCCGGCGUUCUGCUUCCCGGCGCUGGAGCGGCUCGACCUCUCGCUGGCGUCCCCGUGGGGCCACCCGUUCCUCUCCUCCGCGGCGCCGUCGGCCGACGCCGUCGCGCCGUCCGUGACGCCGCAGCAGGUCGCGGAGCAGAACGAGCUGGUCGCGGCGCGCCUCGCCUACUGCUUCCCCGCCGUGUCCUCGCUCGCCGUCUACUGCCGCGACCCCACCACGCUCGUCAGCCUCACCCCGCACUGGAGGUCCCGCCUCCGCAGCGUCAAGCUCGUGCGCUGGCACCAGCGCCCGCCGGGCCUCGACGCCGGCGCGGAUCUCGAGCCGCUCCUCGGGGACUGCCCAGCGCUCAGGGCGCUCGACCUCUCCGAGUUCUACUGCUGGACGGAGGACAUCGGGCCGGCGCUCGCAGCGCACCCGGCAGCAGCCGCGGCGCUCACCGAGCUCGACCUCGGCCUCGCGGGCGCCACGGACGGGUUCCACGCCACCGAGCUGGGAGCCAUCGCGGGAUCCUGCCCCAAUCUCCGCAAGCUCGUGGCGCCCUGCGUGUUCAACCCUCGGUACGUUGACUUCGUCAGCGACGACGCGCUUUACGCCAUCGCCACCAGCUGCCCCAAGCUGGCGACGCUGCGGCUCCGGGAACCUUUUGAGCCGGCAGCUACGGGCCAACGAGAGGACGCGGCCGUCACCGUUGCAGGGCUGGUCUCCUUCUUCGCCGCGCUACCGGCGCUGGAGGAUUUCACGCUUGACCUGCGGCAUAAUGUGCUGGAGACGGCGCCGGCGAUGGAGGCGCUUGCCCGCAGAUGCCCACGGAUCAAGUUCCUGACUCUGGGGGGCUUCCAGGGGCUGUGCAGGGCUUCAUGGCUGCAUCUCGACGGCGUUGCUGUGUGCGGUUCGCUGGAGUCGCUAUGCAUCAAGGCCUGUUCGGAUCUCACUGAUGCCAGCCUUGCUGCCAUAGGUCGUGGGUGCGGGAGGCUUGUGAAGUUCGCCAUCCACGGCUGUGAUCUUGUCACGUCAGCUGGGGUCAGGAAGCUAGCAACAGCGCUUCGGCCCACGAUCAAACAAGUCAGUAUCUUGCAAUGCCGGCGUCUGCACACAGCAGCAUGCCUCGCUGCUCUAAGUCCGAUCCGUGAUCGCGUUGAGAGUCUUGAGAUCAGCUGCGUCUGGGAGGAAGUUGAACAGCCAGAGAGUGUGGCCAACGGCACAACUGGAUGCGAUCAUGAAGAUGAUGAUCUCGGUGGUGAAGAAAUCUCAUAUGAGUCCGCAUCGAAGAAAUGUAGGUACAUGGAAUUGGAUGAUCUAGUCAGCUGGGAGAUGCUGCGCUCACUCACCCUCUGGUUCCCUGCCGGUGAGGUACUCUCCCCACUCAUCUCUGCUGGGCUUGAUAGCUGCCCUAAUCUAGAGGAGAUCUCAAUCAAAGUGGAGGGUGAUUGCCGGACAUGUGCACGCCCUGGCCCAUUCUUUGGACUAAGUGAUCUUGCAGGCUUCCCAGUACUGUCCAAGAUGAAACUGGAUCUGAGUGAGGCAGUUGGCUAUGCUCUCACUGCACCAGCAGGUCAGAUGGAUCUCUCUCUGUGGGAGCGGUUCUAUUUGCAAGGCAUAGAUUCACUGAUGACCCUGUACGAGCUGGAUUACUGGCCUCCCCAAGACAAGGAAGUGAAUCAGCGUAGCCUGACACUGCCCGCCGUGGGACUGCUCCAGGGCUGCGUUGGACUCAGGAAGCUCUUCGUCCAUGGCACCACACACGAGCAUUUCCUGACCUUUUUCUUGAAGGUGCCGAAUCUGAGGGACAUGCAGUUGCGGGAGGACUACUAUCCCGCGCCAGAGAGUGAUAUGAUGAACACGGAAAUGCGAGCUGAGUCUUGGCUCCGGUUCGAGAUGCAGCUGAACAACAGGCUAAUUGAGGAUUGAUGGUGAAGUUGGUUGAUGGGAGGGACUGAGCCAAGUGGAGUCGAUGCGGGGAUGGUGCCGUGCGAUCGAUGGUCACGGAAGUUGCAAGGAUAGCUGGUGUGCUUCUGUUGGAGCAGAGUAGAACACAAUGCUUUGUCCAUCCAACAAAUAUCGGUGAUCCUUUUCUAGUUUUUUUUAAUAAGGAUCCAUAAUAAGUAAGAGAACUGAUGCAGAAUCCAGAUAUUCGCAAGAGUUGCGACGGCAAACUAGGAUUCGAGUUCGAGGGAUUUUUGCAGGGAUGCUUUUUUUUCUCCUUUUUUUUUGAGCUGAGUCCAGAAGAAACCGGCCGGAUAAAGUGGGCAUUGAUCUUGCGAACUGUAACGAUUGACGUGGGUUCUGUAAAGAGAAAUAAAAGAAAUGUCAUUUAGCUGUUUUUCUUA